CAGCGAGCUGGAAGCGCAGAUGGAGGUCAAGAUGACAGGACCAACUCUACCAGUCCCGCUACCGACGUGAUUAUACCUUCGACUCUGUUGAAUGCUCUCACCUCUGGCCCCUACGACUCGCAUAUAAACCAGUUCCAGAGUGAGGAACAUCGGGACACAAGCAACGAUUUCGAUGUACGCGAAGUAGCACAGAAACUGCACGAGGAAACAACCCGCAUCCUCGCCCGUUCUGCCAGUAUCUCUAUCGCCGAGCUGGCACAUCAAGCACGGCAUGCCCUCUCCACUGUGACAGAAGGAAGAGUUGCGGCGAGCAACGAUCCGGCGACCACCAACGACUACUUUGGNGCUGUCACCAUCGGCAUCGCUUUUAUCUACGCUUAUACCCCUCUCUUUGUCUUCUUCGAAAAGGAUCCGCCGAUGCCUCCUGAUCUUGACAACAUCGAUGCCAGUCGAACCCCUGGUGUCCACAAUACAGCACUGAUGAUACCCUGCUACAAGAGCGCCAAGAUAAUUGGUCCAACUCUAGAAGCAGCCUUGAAGAUAUUUCCACCUUCACACAUUUUUGUCAUCGCCAAUGGCAACAGUCCAACACCUCUUGAUGAUACCGAAGUAGUAUGUCGCCCGUACGGAGUCAACCACGUCUGGUCGCCAGUCGGCUCCAAGAUCGUAGCUCAGUUUGUUGGAUGUUACGCCGCUCGUGGCUUCAAAAAUGUCCUCCUUAUCGAUGACGACUGUGCACUUCCGCCAAAUUUUCCUAUCGUCAGCGACAGGAUGACACCAACGAUCAAAUGUAUUGGGUACACAAUCAAAUCUGUGGGACCAGAGGGAUCGCGAGGUACUCUAUGUCAACAGGCUCAGGACCUGGAGUAUAAGAUCAGUGGUAUCCAGCGAGCCUUAGCUGGAUAUGUCGGCAGUGCGACGUUUCCUCAUGGAGCCAUUUCCCUCUGGGAUCGCGCCUUCCUGAUUGAAACGUUCUACAAACACCCUGGUUUCAGUGUCUCCGAGGACUGGUUCUUUGGGCAUGUGGCUCGACAACUCGGCUCACGAAUUACAAUGUGUACUUCUGUCUUUAUCGAGACCGAAACACCGAGUGCUAUCUUCUUCAGCUCUGGAGGUGCACGAGGAGGAUUUGGUGAAAUGACGAUAUUCAAACAACGAUUCUACCGCUGGAACUUCUUUUUUGUUAAUGGCCUUUACUACAACAUGGCAUAUAUCCUAGGUUCCUGGAAACUCGGCUUCUGGGAGAUCGGAGCAAAAAUAUUUGUGUUCCAAGAGGUCUAUGAGACCUUGUUGUACCUCUUGUCACCAUUCGUUCUUCCCAUUUCGAUCAUCGUCCGCCCGGCCUUCUUCGGAUACUUGUUUGCAGGCACGUUUGUGCUGUACUUCCUCAACGUUGUGGUCUUCAACGAGUUGCAUCUCAGGCUGAAGAGGGAAAGAGUGGGAUCCACAUGUCUCUACCUCUACUACAUGCCCUACAAAGUUGUGCUCACCUUGGUCAAUGUAGGCAGCUGCUACUGGUCCCUCUACAAAUACGCACAAUACUUUGCUCGACGCCACCCAAAAAUUGUCGAAGACGAAAAAGCAGUCGAUGUAGUGCUGCGAAUGGAAGAACAACACGACACUCUAGCCGACCAGGGCCGCCGCAUGACCAUCACAGCAGUGGGAGCGCAAACCCAAGGCUCAGUCGUGGAACAAACACCCUCAGGCCCCACCGAGCGUAAAAUGACAGUCACNCGCCUUGGGCCCCAAACUGGACAUCCAGCCAAUGUCCCCGUAGCCGAGCAACCCGAGCAAUUCACCCCAGCAAUCAGACUCCAAGGCGAAAGAGUCAGUUUCAGCUCUAGAAGAAGCAACAGCUCAGCAGCCAUCAAGAUUGAACGAAUCCCCAGCCAUAACUCUGAAGGCAUUUCGCCAAGUCAACAUCCUGAACCUUCUCUUAUCCGCACCACCACAGCAGCAACAGAAAAAUCAGAAGUGAGGGAUGGUGAGCGCCAAUCUAGACGUUCGGGAAGUACGCGCUCUGGAUCUCGUCAUCGCUCUCCAAGUCUGCCUCGCUCGCACACUUCUGCAGACUUUGUAUCGCCUGGUUUCGAAGAGUUGAUGGAUCGAUUGGCUGUUAUCGAGUCGAGAUUAAAUCCUCACACCGUAUCUGCUGUUGAAGUAUCUAUAGCUGAGGAAACCGUGCCCAUUCCAGCACCGGAAAUUAGAUUUCCUGUUUACGCUCUUCCGAUUGAUGAGGAAGAGGAGGAAGAAGAGGAAGGCUAUGAAUUGUACGAUUUGGAAAAAUUGGAUUCGGGAAAGACUCAAGAGUCGAAGAGUAUGGUAUAG